UCACAUUGCUUAUUCACUGUAUUGGAGUUAAGCCUUAGGCUCAUUUGUUUAUAUUUAAUGCCUUGCCUUGGUUGUCUUUUUCGUGGGGCAUUUUGACAGAUAAAGUGUGAAUCAGAAAGAAACGCAUAUGAAAAACUGAAGCUGUGAGAACAGCUCGCACUUGAAGACACAAGCUACGAACCAACGUUGGUGAGUCGCCGUCCAGCAGGUGCAUUCAGUAUUGAACCAAGGAUAAGAAUCCCCUGGUCAUUUCCAGAAACAUCUCUCUUAGAGGAAUACACUUGUAUAUUUCGUACAGGGUUUGUAGUUUUCCGCAAUGGAAGGCUAAAUUCCCUAGGAGGGGAUGUCCGAAUGAGGGGGGAAGGUUUGAUCUCACAUACCCAGGGCCGCAUGUGUGAUUUAGUUGUGUACUCACUAUGUUAGCGUUAUUUCCUGAUGAUUCAUGUAUCCCGUUGGUUAUGUAUGAGUGGUUAGUGUCUGUGUCUCACUCAAGGACAUACGUUAUGUCUGAGCACUUUGCACAUGCGGAUCCAGGAUGAUCGUUGGAGAGGAGUACUCUUUCAGUUUUUACAUUACACAUUCAUCAUUUUGGAUUUUCACACCAGUUUCGCCAUUCAGACAGAGGGCUUCUGUAUCGCUCGGAAUCUGGAAUUUUCUUCUGAUGUAAUGGAAUGACUACGUCUCCUGAGGAAGUUAAAUGGUCCAAUUCCACAAGGCUAGUGCUUGGAGACGAGUUCAACAUGAGAGGAAUAGUUUUGAUGAGGAUGAUGGAUGAACCUCCAUUAAAUGUUUUGUUCGUUUUCCUUCUUUGCAAACACAUUCGAGUGAACAAAUGUCUCAAUUGUGGCUUUAUCAAGCCCCUACUUGUUUCCUCUUCUACCUCUUUGGUCUAGUUAAUUAUCUGUUUCCCAUGAGUUAAGUUUGAGGCAUAAUGGGGUAGUCCCUUGAAAUCCUCUAGGACUUGUCAUACGUUACUUUUGAAUGAAAGCCUAAUUGUGUGUGUGUGUGUGAGAUCUCCUGGGUAUCGUCAAACCUCCCCCCCUAAGGAGGGCAUCCUUUCUUCUUGUCUUUAAAUCUUUCCUACUAAAUAUAAACAUUGACAAAGAUUUUAAAAUGACAACUCUGCCACCGCAACUUCAAAACAACCUGUUUCUCAUGGGCCUGUGUCGCAACGGCGCCUCGGCUGACCUUCAGUACGACAACUCCUCAGAGCUGUUCCGCUUCUCCACGUUUGCCCGUUUCCCAGCGUCGGGGGUAACUGAGAGGAGCCUGGCGCGGGCAGGCUGGUUCUACACGGGCGUGGGGGACCGGGUGCAGUGUUUCAGGUGUAAUGUGACCACGGAAGGCUGGCAGGCCGGAGACUGCCCCACAGAGAGACACAGGCAGCUCUCCCCCUCCUGCUCCUUCAUCCAGAGCCUCCCCUCCACAGCCAACCUGCUCUCCUCCUCCCACUCCGCCUUCUCCCCGCUCCGCAGUGCCCAGGCCAUACCGGUGUCUGGCCCGGGUCCGGCCCCCGUCCCAGCUCCGAACCCCCCUACAACAAGCCAGGGGGAGGAGACGGUGGGCUAUCUCAACAUGGGCUUCUCCGCGCCUCCCCCCUCCAGCCCUCUGAGCUCCCGGGGGGUGGAGGACAUGUCCCAUCAGAGACCCCCCACCUGCCACAACCCCAGCAUGCGCAGGGAGCAGGACCGCCUAGACUCCUUCAACACCUGGGUCCUGUCCACCAUCACGCCCAGCGAGCUGGCCAAGGCUGGCUUCUACUACUUGGGCAUGGGAGACAGGGUGGCCUGCUUCACCUGCGGAGGACAGCUAAGCAACUGGGAGCCUGGCGACCGUGCCGUGUCGGAGCACCAGAGGCACUACCCCAACUGCCGCUUCGUUCGAGGGGACCGCGCCGAAAACGUGUCCCUGGCAGGGGUGGCCGGGGCUGGGUCGGCAGGGGCCCCCGUUGCCCUCAGCAACGUGUCCAACCCAGCCAUGCAGCAGAGCGAGGAGAGGCUGCUCACCUUCGUCAACUGGCCCUCUCGCAUCCCCGUGCGGCCCGACCAGUUGGCCAAGGCUGGCUUCUACUACGUUGGUCGCAACGAUGACGUGAAGUGUUUCUGCUGUGACGGCGGCCUGCGAUGCUGGGAGUCUGGGGACGACCCCUGGGUGGAACAUGCCAAAUGGUUUCCAAGGUGUGAGUACUUGCUCCAGGAGAAAGGCCAGGAGUUUGUUCAACAGAUCCAGGCUCGUUUCCCAAGGCUGUUUGAGCAGCUUCUCACCAACGGAGACAGCAGCUCCAGAGAGUUUGUGGAUCCACCAGUGGUCCACCUGGGUCCAGGCGAGGAGCGGUCGGAGGACGCGGUCAUGAUGAACACCCCGGUGGUGCUCUCGGCCCUGGAGAUGGGCUUCGACCGCAGCGUGGUCAAGCAGACGGUCCAGAGCAAGAUCUUGACCAGCGGGGAGAACUACAAGACGGUACAGGAGCUGGUGUCCGACGUGCUGUGCGCCGUGGAGCAGAAGAAGGAGGAGGAGAAGGAAAUGCUGGCCGAGGCCAUGGCAUCCGAUGGUUUCACUUUCCUAAAGAGACACCAGACGGCGUUGGUUCAGCGCCUGAAGAGCGUUGAGUCCGUGUUGGAGCACCUGAAAGAGCAGAAUGUGAUAACUGCGGAACAGUACGUCGACCUGCAGAGUCAGACCACCCCCCAGCUGCAGACGGCCAAGCUCAUUGAGCUGGUGCUCGCCAAGGGCAACGCCGCCGCAGAGGUCUUCAGGAACUGGAUCCAGAAGAACGACGUGCUCCUGCUCAGAGACCUCAUGGCCCAGACAAAUGAAGCUGCAUCACCGAGUCAAGAUCUCUCAGACCUGCCCAUGGAAGAGCAGCUCCGCAGGCUGCAGGAGGAGCGGACCUGCAAGGUGUGCAUGGACAAGGAAGUCAACAUUGUGUUCAUCCCCUGCGGACACCUGGUGGUGUGCAAGGAGUGCGCUCCCUCGCUGCGCAAGUGCCCCAUCUGCCGGGGCCUGGUGAAGGGGACCGUGCGCACCUUUCUCUCCUAGAUAAUAAAGAGCCACACCCAAACUAUA